GACUGUUCCUACUUCCAGUUGCUGGCCAAGCUAGAGCUUUUAUCGCCGGGUUUCUACAUCAGUCAUAGCAUUACAAUUGACCGCGACAAAACACUCUAACUCCUUUGCAUUCUGAAGCUUGGUAUGCAACACUUCAGGACAGCGCAACUGGCCAUCAAAGACCACGCUCAGGCAAGUAUGAAGCAAGCUCGCCGCCGCACCCAGUGCGGCCGGUCACGUGACGCGCCUGGCGCAGUAUCCCACGCGUUCGCAAGCGACUAGUCAGCUAUACUACUUUAGCCGCCACUAAAGCCCCCAACCCGGCCGGCAUUCCCACCCAAACCACGGUCCAAAGCUUUGUAAAUCCACCCACAACAAGGCAAAUAUCCCAUUUACCUGCAGGUGUCCCGCAAAGCAAAAAAAGACCACCCCUGCCGCCAGAUCUCGCCUGCCGCCAGACCUCACAGGGGCUCCAACCUCCGCCCACCGCCGUCAGACGCCCCCGAUUUUAUCGCCACAAUGUCGUUUUGGGCAGAAAACAAACACACGUUCAAAUCAGCCGGGAUCGCCACGGCCAAAGGCAUCGGCUCCGGCACAAAGGCGCUCUCCAAGGCCGGCUACAACACGUACAAAAACCACGACGCCGCCAAGAAAGGCGGCCUGGCGCCCGGCGAAAAUAGCACGCUGCCGCCGCCCUCCGGCCCCGCGGCCCCCAUCAUGGAUAAGGAGAAAUUGCACUCCUUGCCCCCGCCGCCCAAGCGGAACGUGCCCACCUAUGCCGCGCCUUCCCGCGGUGAGGUCUCCGCGUACCUGGGCGCCACUAUCCAGGCUGCGUCCAACGAAACCGCCGGGCCCCCGACGCUGGGGCCUCUGGCGGGACCGCCGGGCCACGUCCUGCAGGCAGUGCCGCCGGCGCCGUUGCCGGCCCGGCCCGUGCCAGCAAAUCCAAGCGGGCCUAUGCCGGCAGACCCGCCGCCAAUAGCCUCGCGGCCACGCAUGCCUGUGCCAGGGUCCUUGGACAAUGCUCAGGCGCCGGCCGCUGCCACGGCCGCUGGGGCACCCGUCAUUCCCACCCGAGCCCAACCGGCCCCUUACUUGGAAAGUCCAUCUCCACAGAGCCUUCCCAACCCACAGAGCCUUCCCAAUCCACAGAGCCUUCCCAAUCCACAGAGCCUUCCCAAUGCACCAAACGCUCUGAACCCACCAACCCCACCGAAUCCACUGCACCCUCCCAACCCCUCUCUGCAAACCCCCCACUCCCAGAACCCGGAGCAACAGGUCAAGCGCGUGCCCAAGCCACCGCCCGACGUGUCGAUGUUUGCGCCACCGCCAGUGCGCAGAGACAGAGGCGAGGCGCAGGCUCAGGGACAGCCCGGGGCACUCUCGUCGGCAGGGGCCCAUGUUCCGUCGUUACCACCAAGAGCAGGCUCGGUGAGCGCAUCGCCUCCGCCAUCAUACUCAGAGACGGCGCCCGCGCCGGCGGGCUCUUUGGGCCACGGCUCGGAGAACGGCUCGGAUCAACCGCCCUCUCGCGCCCCUGUGAGAUAUACGGCCAUCGACGUCUCCAAGCUCGGGCCCCCGCCGCCCAGAAGGCCGGGUGCGGCCGAAUGGCCAGCUUCCAGAACCGAGUCGGCCGCGUCCGUAAGCAGCGCUAGUGUGGUGUCCCCGCCUCCAAGGCCCGUGUCGGUCAGUGCAGCCGCCUCUCCGCAACCCUCUCAUACAACGGUGCCGCCGGUGAAACCGAAGAAAACCCCUCCUCCCAAACCGGCAAAACUUCAGCAGAGCGAGCUUGCUCCGCCAAGCGCGUCGCCGUCUCUUCCUCAGCAAAGUCCAUUGCCUCACAAUCCUGGAAUCCGGUCUGUGAAUGGCCUUGAGGCGCCCUCUGAACCGACGGGAGUGGCUCCUGUCGCGUCCAUGCCUUCGGCACCAAACUUUGCCGCUGAGAUCGCCAUGUUGAAGCUGCAUAUGUCGCAAGGCCCCGGGUCUCAAAGUCCCGAGAGCCAUGCGAAGCCCCAGCGGCCUGUUAAGCCGUCAAAGCCCCAGCUAAACCAGCAGCCGGUCCUUCCAUCGCAAUCAGCCACCUUUGAAACGGCCAAGCCCGAAUCAAAUGACAAGCCCGCGAAGCCCCCGAAACCCCAAAAACCACCGAAGCCAGGUAAGCCUGCGGUGUUCUUUUCCACCCCUUCACUGGUAGCCCCAGAAAUUCGGAGCAUACCAAGUAAGCAGGCACCCAAACCUCUCGUGUUGCCUUUCUCCGUCGAGCGCUUAAACCACCCAACUCCACAGAGCCAUAUGCCGGGAUUCAGAAUCCCGGUCAAGGGCCAGUUUCAUCACGAAGAGAGCCACAAAGACGCGGAACAGGCGGGCAUUGAAUCCAGCCAUGAAACGCCCAGUCGGGAAAAGUCGUUUCCAAGCCCUGUGCAAAUACCGCUUCUGGCCGAACCCGGAACCCACCCUUCUGUCAACCGUCUUGUGCCAGGCUUUAGAGUACCAGUGAAAGGCCAGUUCAAUCAAAACAGGAAGCCAGACGAAUUGGAAUCACCCUCCCUGGACCCCAGAUCCACCCGGUCCACUCCCCCUCCCGUGCCGCCAUCGAGAAAUUCCAAAGUUCAAUCCAACACGUCUUCUGCAUCUUCAACUCCACCUCCUCCUCCGCCCGCGAGGAAUUACACCAGGGCUCCAGCACCAGUACCGCAAGAAGCAGUUGUGCGUCCCACGGUGGACCUCGAGCUAUCCACCGGUUGGUAUGCCAACAUAGACUCUCCUCUUGUGCUUCCCUCUGCGCUUCUGGGCCUCAAUUACUCCUCGAGCUUCCUGACCACCACUAAGUCUUUUCCUAGUGGACCUCUGCAAGAAAACAUACGUACAUUAGACGUGAGAUUUCAGGAUUUAUCGAGGGCAAUUUACCAGAUAAAAUGGAUUGGUGACAGAUUCGCGGACGCGGUAGGGGAGAUGAUCAAAUUUGUUCCAUCGCCAAUUGAACACAAUUGUCCUACAAAGAAGCAGUUGGUGGAAUACAGCGAGAAAUUCGGGGGUUAUGUGACUUCCUGGUGCUCACACAAAGAGGGCCAACAAGUUGGGACUGGGGAGUGUUGGGAUCUCGCCAAGGAAGCACUCGCUAAGGGAUGUGGCAAACAUGCGUUCGUCUCGCAGUAUUAUCACCAUGGCUAUCCUAUUUUGGAACUCACGGGCACUGCCUCAGGCAAAACAGUAUCUAAGGGUCCCGAGGACGAGAUCAGACCGGGAGACGUCUUGCAAUUCAAACUGGCCACUUUCUAUAAUAAGCAUACAGGCGUCACGCAAACCGUUGGAAGCCCGAAUCACACCGCCGUUGUGAUUGAGAAAGGUCAAGAAAGUUUGUUGGUGUUGGAGCAAAACGUCCAGGGGGUGAAAAUUGUCAGGAAGGGAGAAUAUGUUUUGGGCAAUAUGACAGGAGGUUCUGUCAUGGUAUAUAGGCCUGUUCCGGCCACAUGGGCCGAGUGAGUAUUUUCCCUAAUUGAGUCGCAACCCUAUAUUCCACUACCGCUCGCUGUUGAGUCAACGCGUCAGUGCCGCAUACACAAAAAAGAAUACUACAUAAUCUCUGAUUGUCGCAAAAGACAUGGACUGCAAAAGAAUUUAA